AUGAAGCCGGCGGUGCUGGAAGUAAUGAGGAUGAACCGGGUGUGCAGGGUGGUCCUGGUCACUUCCGUGGGCUCCUUCAUCCUCGUCAUCUUCUAUUUCCAAAGUAUGUUGCACCCAGUAAUGCGUAGAAAUCCAUUCGGGAUGGACAUUUGCUGCCGGAAAGGAUCCAGAAGCCCGCUCCAGGAGCUAUAUAAUCCCACCCAGGUGAGUUUAUCCAACACAGCAAUUCUGCAUCAGAUUAGACGAGACCAGGUGACAGACACAUGCCGAGCGAACAGCGUCUCUAGCCGGAAGCGCCGCGUGCUGACGCCCAACGAUCUCAAACACCUGGUUGUGGAUGAAGAUCACGAAAUGAUCUAUUGCUACGUUCCCAAAGUGGCCUGCACAAACUGGAAGCGAGUCAUGAUGGUUUUGACGGGAAGAGGCAAGUACAGCGACCCAAUGGAAAUCCCAGCCAAUGAAGCCCAUGUGUCUUCAAACUUGAAGACCCUCAACCAGUACAGCAUUCCAGAGAUCAACCACCGCUUGAAAAACUACAUGAAGUUCCUCUUUGUUCGCGAGCCUUUUGAGAGACUGGUGUCAGCCUACAGGAACAAGUUCACCCAGAAGUACAACACUUCCUUCCACAAACGAUACGGCACCAAAAUCGUGAGGCGACAGAGGAAGAACGCAACCCAGGAAGCUCUGCGUAAAGGCGACGACGUGAAAUUUGAAGAGUUCGUGGCGUAUCUCAUCGACCCCCACACCCAGAGAGAAGAGCCCUUCAACGAGCACUGGCAGACUGUGUACUCUCUCUGCCACCCUUGCCACAUCCACUACGACCUCAUAGGAAAAUACGAAACGCUCGAAGAGGAUUCAAAUUACAUUCUCCAGCUGGCGGGAGUAGGCAACUACCUGAAGUUUCCCACCUAUGCAAAGUCUACGAGAACUACUGAUGAAAUGACCACAGAGUUCUUCCAGAACAUCAGCUCCGAGCACCAAACGCAGCUGUACGAAGUCUACAAACUUGAUUUUUUAAUGUUCAACUACUCAGUGCCAAGCUACCUGAAAUUGGAAUGA